CAUCUGUCUGCGCCGUCGUUGUUACUUCCCUUUUUAAUAUGGCGGCAGUAGCAGCAAAACGAAUAAAACGCGUGGCUGCUGGGCAGCAUGGGUUUCUUUCGCUUAAUCACACUCGUGAACAGAAUUCUUCGCGAAUCGGAAAGAGAAAGCGUGUUAACAGAAAUAAAAAGAAAAACUGGAACAAAUACAGUGACAUCCAAGAUAUCGAAGACUUUUUGGAUGAUGUGAGACUACAGGAGAGAGCCACAGGAGGCCUGCUGUCAGAGAAGCCAGACGACAGCUUGUUUUUUGUGGACACUGGAGACCAGAACAAAGUUGCCCAGGAAGCGCCUGUGACAAAGAGGGGCAAAUCAUCGAAGCCCCUGAGGGUUGACCUGAUCUUACAGCAUGAUUCUCUCGUUCCUUCGCCCAAAGACAUUUUGGCCCAUCAGCAGCCGAACGCCAAGAAACUCCGGCGCAUUUCUCAGAGGGUCGAGAAGCAGGUGGCUAAAGGGUUACAGCUGAGAAGCCAGAAGCAGCUCCAGAGGAGGAAAGCAGGGGGCGCCACAUCUUCCAGUGAGAAGAGUCUGCCUGAUGAUGACCCCAGCAGACCCUUCUACGAUAUAUGGGGACAGGAAGAGAUGCUAUCUGGAGAUGCCUUUUACCUGGAACAAACAAAAAAGAAGCCUGUGAAGCGUCCUGACAGGCUCAAUGAGAAGCCUUCUUCUCUGCCAGCUGUGGAAAUCAUUGGCCCAGGAGGAUCCUACAACCCGGACUUCUUUGACCAUCAGGCCUUGCUGCUCGAGGCCCAUAUGGUGGAGGAGAAGAAGCAGAAGGAGGAGCUGAAGCUGGCACAGCAGCUGGCUGUGCGGAAGGAAGACAUCGCCACAGAGGAGACAAUCUUCCAGGAGCAAGUCGAAGGGUUGGUGGAAGAAGAUGACGAGGAAGAGGACGAACCCAAAGGAGAAGAGGAGCCAAAAGGCAGCGCGCCAGCCGUGGGUCGGGAAAAAAAGACGGAGAGACAAAGGAAACGAGAGAAGGCACAGAAAGAGAGGGAGAAGGAGAAGCGCACACAGAGGGAGCUGGUGGACCAGAGGCAGCAGUUGUUCCAGCUGCGCUCCAUACGGGCCGACCUGAAGAGGCGUGAGCAGCGCACCAGGCAGAAGCAGGCCCAGUAUCAAGCCCAGAAGGAGGCGCAGAAGUUCUGUCCCCAACGGCUCGGCAAGCUCAAGUUCCAGGCUCCCGAUCUGGAGGUGCAGCUGAGUGAUGAGCUUUCUGGCUCCUUACGCACCCUCAAGCCAGAGGGCAGCAUCCUCAAAGACAGAUUUAAGAGUCUACAGAAGAGAAACAUCAUUGAGCCCAGAGAGAGAGCCAAGUUCAUAAGAAGAAACAAGGUGAAAUACGUGGAGAAGAGAGCCUUCAAGGCCAUCACGUGAAGGCGGAAGCCAGAGCAGGGACCCAUGCUGUCAAACGCCCUUGUCAAUAAAUGUCUUUCAAAUAGA